CUUCACCAAAGACACUACUAAGAAAAUCGAUGGCUCUCUCACUCAGCUCAGAGCUCCUCUCCCUGCCCCAACAAUGGCAGCUCCUUCUCCUCCUCCUUCUGGGACUCGUCUCCCUCCUGCUCUCGACGAGGAGACUGAGCAACAAAGGGCUCAAGCUACCGCCCGGCCCAGCCCGGGUUCCAAUCGUAGGGAACCUGCACCAGCUAGGUCAGCUGCCGCACCGGAGCCUACGGGAUCUGGCGCGGCAGCAUGGCCCGGUGAUGCAGCUGCAGCUCGGCACCGUGCCAACGGUGGUGGUGUCAUCGGCUGAGGCGGCACGUGAGGUGAUGAAGACGUACGACGAGGACUGCUGCACCCGGCCCAUGUCCCCGGGGAUGAAGCGGCUGUCCUACGGCCACAAGAACGUUGGGUUUGCGCCAUACGGUGCCUACUGGCACGCCAUGCGCAAGUUCUUCGUGGUCGAGCUCUUCGGCGUGCGCCAUGUCGAGGCAGCAUGGCAUGCACGCCAGCAUCAGGUGGAGAAACUGAUGAUCACCUUGAGCGGCUUGGCCGGAGAGCCGGUAGCGAUGAAGGAGCACAUCUUCAGCCUGGCCGACGGCAUCAUCGGCAUGAUAGGGUUCGGCGACAUGUACAACAGCGACAAGUUCCCACACCACAAGAACUUGGAGCACGUGCUCGAGGAGGCCACACACGCGCAGGCCAGCUUUUCCGCCGAGGACUACUUCCCCAACAUUGUCGGACGCCUAGUCGACCGAAUCACCGGCCUCGCCGCUCGCCGCGAACGAAUCUUCAAGCAGCUUGAUACCUUCUUCGAGAUCAUCAUUGAGCAGCAUCUCGACCCUCAGCGCGUCAAGCCUCACAACGGCGACCUCGUCGACCGCCUCAUCGGCCUUUGGAAGGACAACAGUGGCACCCUCAGCAUCACAAGAGACCACGUCAAGGGCAUCAUCUUUGGCACGUUCAUUGGUGGCUCAGACACGACCUCGGUGACGAUUCUAUGGGCGAUGGCAGAAUUAAUGCGAAAUCCGAGACUACUAGAGAAGGUACAAGACGAGAUCAGGGUCGUGGUGAACGGCAACCAGAUGGUGCGUCCAGAAGACCUGGCCAAGCUAGGCCACCUCAAGAUGGUGGUGAAGGAGACACUACGGCUACACCCACCAGCGCCGAUGUUGCUGCCGAGGGAGGCCAUGCGGGACAUCCAAAUUGGGGGUUAUGAUGUGCCCGCCAAGACACGGAUCUAUGUGAAUGCAUGGGCCAUUGGCAGGGACCCGACAAGCUGGCCUGACGACCCGGAGGAGUUUAAACCAGACAGGUUUGAGAUGAGCAAGAUAGACUUCAAGGGUACACAUUUCGAGCUAACACCAUUUGGCGCCGGGCGGCGGAUAUGCCCUGCAUUGUCUAUGAGCACGGCCACCGUGGAGUUCACCCUGGCCAACCUGUUAUACCGCUUCCAGUGGACGCUCCCGGAGGGGAUGGUGGUGAGCAUGGAGGAGGAAGGCAAGCUUGUGCCCCUCCUCAAGGAGCCACUCUUGCUCGUGCCCACCCUAUACCACCACGUCUGAGCACAGCGAGGCAUGGCAUGACACAGCCGAGAGACACCCGGUCAAAAUUGAUUUGCUCCUAUGUAUGGUGUAAACAUGCAUGUUUUUUGUUUUUAGAAAAGGAGGCUAAGUUCCGACC